CCCAGCCUUCCAAUCCGCCCCACCAUUUAACCCCUCUCUCUCUCCUCCCCCCUCAUCCCAAGGGAGAAAUCCACAACCCCUUCUCCCUUUCUCUCUUCCCUCUCCCUCUCUCUUUCUUCAAUCAUCCAUCCCUCAAUUACCCACCUCAGGUCUUCAGUUACUCAGGUGAAGUGUAAUUUCAACCCAAUUUACGUGGAUUGACGUAUUCCUAUUGCACCGUGUUUUCGUUCUCAGCGUCGUCAGCUAUUCCGAUCAGGGUUUUGUUGAUUGGUUUCUCGAUUUCUACUUCAUCGGACGGGAUAUUAUAGUUGGUGGACGUCAUGGCAAGAGCUCUAGUUCAAUCAACUAAUUUCACAUCUUCAGUUGCUAGUGAAAGACAUGGCCAGUUCAGGGGAUCUGGGAAAACAAAAAGGACUGUGAGAAUGUUGUGCAGUUUACAAGGACCUACACUUAGGUCGAGAAGUUUUCCAGGAUUGCGAUCGAAUGCCUUUGGCUUUGGUACAGUGGUAAGACCAAACCUUGGUUUCCAUUCUACGACCUCUAGCCGACAGCGAGGAAAGGCUAGCCGAUUUGUGACAAAAGCUAUGUUUGAGCGUUUCACCGAGAAAGCAAUAAAAGUUAUUAUGCUUGCACAAGAGGAAGCAAGGCGGCUUGGUCACAAUUUUGUUGGCACGGAGCAGAUUUUGUUGGGUCUUAUUGGUGAGGGCACUGGCAUUGCUGCUAAGGUAUUGAAAUCUAUGGGAAUCAAUUUGAAAGAUGCCCGUGUAGAAGUUGAGAAGAUCAUUGGAAGGGGCAGCGGUUUUGUGGCUGUGGAGAUUCCGUUCACUCCUCGAGCGAAGCGUGUAUUGGAACUCUCUCUAGAGGAAGCCCGCCAACUUGGUCAUAACUAUAUUGGGUCUGAGCAUUUGCUGCUGGGCUUGCUUCGAGAGGGUGAAGGAGUGGCGGCCCGUGUUCUUGAAAACUUAGGUGCUGACCCUGGUAACAUCCGCACACAAGCCAUUCGAAUGAUCGGAGAAAGUACAGAAGCUGUUGGUGCUGGUGUUGGAGGGGGAUCCAGUAGCAAUAAGAUGCCGACACUAGAGGAGUAUGGAACUAAUUUGACAAAACUGGCAGAGGAGGGUAAAUUGGAUCCAGUUGUUGGAAGGCAGCCCCAAAUAGAACGCGUGACUCAAAUUUUGGGUCGACGGACUAAAAAUAACCCCUGCCUUAUUGGUGAGCCUGGUGUGGGUAAAACAGCCAUUGCAGAAGGUCUUGCACAAAGAAUUGCAAAUGGUGACGUUCCAGAAACCAUUGAGGGGAAGAAGGUUAUUACCCUUGAUAUGGGUCUUCUAGUUGCUGGCACAAAAUACCGUGGAGAGUUUGAAGAAAGACUAAAGAAGCUGACAGAGGAAAUUAAACAAAGUAAUGAAAUUAUAUUGUUCAUUGAUGAGGUGCAUACAUUGAUAGGAGCAGGAGCAGCAGAGGGGGCAAUUGAUGCUGCAAACAUCUUGAAACCAGCACUAGCAAGAGGUGAACUACAGUGUAUUGGAGCGACAACCAUUGAUGAAUACAGAAAGCACAUUGAGAAAGACCCAGCCUUGGAGAGACGAUUCCAGCCAGUUAAGGUGCCUGAGCCUACUGUUGACGAAACAAUACAGAUUCUGAAAGGGCUUCGUGAACGAUAUGAGCUUCACCACAAGCUUCGGUAUACAGAUGAGGCAUUAGUUGCUGCAGCACAACUGUCAUCUCAGUACAUUAGUGAUCGCUUCCUGCCUGAUAAAGCAAUUGACUUGGUUGAUGAGGCUGGUUCUCGGGUUCGACUCCGUCAUGCGCAGCUUCCAGAGGAGGCCAGAGAGCUUGAGAAGGAGUUGAGGCAGAUCUUGAAAGAGAAGAAUGAAGCUGCUCGUGGACAGGAUUUCGAAAAGGCUGGGGAGUUACGUGAUAGAGAAAUGGACCUUAAGGCUCAAAUUGCCGCUGUUGUAGACAAAGGCAAAGAGAUGACCAAAGCAGAGAUUGAAACAGCGGAUCAAGGUCCUGUGGUGACAGAAGUGGACAUCCAGUACAUUGUCUCCUCUUGGACUGGCAUUCCUGUCGACAAAGUGUCCUCUGAUGAAUCCAGCCGCCUCCUCAAGCUAGAAGAGACCCUACACAAGCGAGUCAUUGGUCAGGAUGAAGCCGUCGAGGCCAUAAGUCGUGCCAUCCGCCGGGCUCGUGUUGGGCUCAAGAACCCCAACCGCCCAAUAGCCAGUUUCAUCUUCUCCGGUCCCACUGGUGUUGGAAAAUCCGAACUGGCUAAAGCGUUGGCCGCCUACUACUUUGGAUCUGAAGAAGCCAUGGUCCGCCUUGACAUGAGCGAGUUCAUGGAGCGACACACUGUAUCUAAGCUCAUUGGGUCGCCUCCCGGCUACAUUGGUUACACAGAAGGCGGGCAGCUGACUGAGGCUGUCCGCCGCCGCCCAUACACCGUCGUCCUAUUCGAUGAGAUUGAGAAGGCCCACCCAGACGUCUUCAACAUGAUGCUUCAAAUCCUCGAAGAUGGGAGGUUAACAGAUAGCAAGGGAAGGACCGUUGAUUUCAAGAAUACGAUGUUGAUCAUGACGUCGAACGUUGGAAGUAGUAUAAUAUCCAAGGGAAAGAAGAAGCGAUUAGGGUUUGAUUUCGAUCUCAAUGAGGAGACGGAUGAGAAGGACGCGAGUUACAACCGGAUCAAGAGCCUUGUGGGGGAGGAACUGAAACGGUAUUUCAGGCCGGAGUUCUUGAAUAGGUUGGAUGAGAUGAUUGUGUUCAGGCAGCUGACGAAGGCGGAGGUGAAGGAGAUUGCUGACAUAAUGCUGAAAGAAGUGUUUGAGAGGCUGAAGAUAAAGGAGAUAGAGCUUUCAGUCACGGAGAAGUUUAAAGAUAGGGUGGUGGAUGAAGGGUACCAGCCCAGCUAUGGGGCAAGGCCACUUAGGAGGGCCAUAAUGAGACUCUUGGAGGACUCCAUGGCUGAGAAGAUGUUGUCAAGAGAGAUCAAAGAGGGGGAUUCGGUAAUUGUCGAUGUUGAUUCAGAUGGGAAAGUGAAGGUUCUGAACGGUCGCACCGGUGCUCCUCAACCUCCACCGGAAUCGUUGCCCGAGCCAGCUGAGCCUAUCCCUGUGUAAGAUCAAAAGGUUUUCCGCAUUUGAAGCUUUAGUAUUUCUUGUUUCUCUGCUUUUCGAGUUGGCUACUAUUGAAAAGUCUCUGGACGGGUUUCAAUGUUGUAACUAUUUAGUGUCAUGAAGUUCUCUCGAAUAGUUCAGUGAAACACUAGGAUAAAUUUGCAAAGAUGUAUUAUUGUAAGGACAAGUUGAUCCACUUUUAAGGAUCAGUUGUUUCUACUUUUUUGUCUGAUUUGUUUC